CCUUUUCAGACACCCACUCGGUAUCGGGGACAUCUUGGGAUCUUUGCCCCAUGAUGGCUGUGGCUCCACUGAAGGAAGGUCCAGGUUUGCAUGCUUUUAUGAAGUCUCUCUUCAUCUCAUAGGAUCGGCACAUACACGAUUGGCAUCUCGGAUCUUGGAAACAGGCGGGCACAUACUCGAUGGUCUUGCAACGUGGUGGGUUUCAAGUCCAAGAACAGGUCUUCUUGUCCUAGAAGGAUGUCUGAAAGUCCUGAAUCAAGACGAAGUGAACCGAAGAGUGUGAGCAGGACCAGUCGCACAUCCAUCAGUGUCAAGUUGCCUUCUGCCAGUUCUGGUGAUGGAUACCACAAAAGUAGAAGUCCAGAUCGAGCCUCAACUGGUGAAGGGAAACUGACACCACUGACUCCCAAAUCCCACGAAAGCAAGUUUUCAGUAUCUCUAGAGGGUAGAGAGUUUGUACACACUCGGCCAGCCCCUACACCAACAAGUGCCAAAACACUGUCCCCAUCCCCAAUCCGGAGCCUCCGACAUGGAGCACAUAAUCAGAGAGAGUUAAUUCGACAGGCAGCAGCAUCUAUAAUAGAGCGAGCAUGGAUCGCCUUUCGAGACAGGCAGAUGUUUUGUCUCCUCAAGCACUCCAUCUGUGCAGCAGAGAAUUCGCUGUCACAUGAAAUUCUUCGUAAGGUGUGCCCGAAAGAGGCAGUGUUUCUGAAAGACAAAAGUUUACAGAUAAAAGUUCGAUUUCGGUUUGGAGGAAGUGAAUUUCCUCCUAUGAUUUUCUUCAAGAUUUUCUACAACACAGAUGGGAAGGGCAUUAAGUACAUAAGUGGCAAGAAGAUGAUUAAACCAGCAUCUGAGGCAGCAGAGGACUCACUUCGACUGAUGGGUAAUCGUCUGUUUUAUGAACAGAUGCUACAGGAUUCAAUUUUUCAACAACAGUACAAUAUUUCAGAUGAGGUGGAUGUUACCACACUCAAAGACUAUAUGCAGUACUUGGCUAACGUGGAUGAGACACCUGCAUAUAUGGGAGGGAAAGAAAAUUACUGGCGGAAGCUCACAUUGGAUGUGUUACCUCGCCACACUAUCUUCUAUGAUGUCAUAGAAUAUGCAUACAACAAUAAGAUGACCCCCAGACUUCAAGAAGAGCUGCCCCUCCUUGUGUCCCGUCCUGUUACUCAGGAGAUUCAGGUGGAGCAGCUACGCAGCAUUGGACUCAUGAGAACCCCACUUGUACCUAUGCCAACACCCAAGUCAGGGAAAAUGUCUGCCUUAAACCCACACAUAUCUGGACGCCGAUCAAAAAAAGCAAUAUCACGAGCUGUCAAGAUGAGGAUGAUGUUGGGAUUAGCUGGGGAGGGGGUUUGUGGAGAGAGGGCUGCUGCCCACUACGUGGACUGCUACAACCCAGAUGGUGAGCUGCCCACACAGCCCCAGGAAGACUGGGAACAUGAGGCAAGCAAGCUGUAUGAGUGGACCCAAGAACUUUCAUUCAAUGAUGAGGCAAUGGCAACUCCAAGAUUGUUACUUACAUCAUAGCUUCACCAUCAGUAUCUGCAACAUGGUGUUUUUGUGUGUAUGGGUUUAAACUACAAAUAACAAUACUUAUAUCAGCAUUCAAGUGUCAAAAUAAAGCAUAAAAAGGGGGUCUUUGCCAUUAAAGUUGUUAAUAAAAGGGUUUAGGGGAUCCCAACAUUCCAAUACUUAGAAGUAAGCCCCAAGGAUCCCCCUCAAUGUCAACACUGGUUUUGUUUCUCCAUCAACUUAGUUAAACUUAAUUGUCUGAGGUGUGAAAUGAUGUGCAUGUAUUCCAUUGGUCAACAUGAAUUCAUUUGUUUUUUGUUUCCUUUCUUCAUGUUUUAACCCUUGAAUAUUUGUUCUGAUCAGUGUAAAUUUGGUGCCACAUUGUCAGGCAACAAACACCUACUUUUUCUGCAAUUUGUGUGAAUAGUGCAUGCUGCCUGGUAGUGCAGGACAUGCUUACCCUAGAACAUGUGGUGUCAUCAAUGAUUUUCAGUGAUUCAUUCAUAUAUUUUUUAACAAUUUGGCCACAUUCAGUGUUCGAAAUACCUGCCUGCCCGACCGUCCGAGACG